GGAAAACACAAACUAUAUAUACACGACCAAUAAGGCAAUAACAGCCAAAUCACACAACAAAAUGACUCCAAUAACUUCACUAUUUAUUCUUCCUUUCUUAGCUUUGUGGCUGUUCAUUAUGCUUCCGCAAACAUUCCACAACCGGAAAAUAAUGGUCUCCGCCGGAGCCGGCGGCGGCGGCAGCGGAGGCAAGUGGGACGUACUACUCCCCAGCAUCGGAAUAUCCGCCAUGCACAUGCAACUCCUCCACAACGACAAGGUCAUCAUUUUCGACCGCACCGACGCCGGCUCCUCCAACAUCUCAUUGCCCGGCGGCAAAUGCCGGACCAUCUUCGGAGAAGAUGACGGUCGAGUUUUAGGGAAGGACUGCAGUGCUCAUUCAGUAGAAUACGAUGUCGCCUCCAACUCCGUCCGGCCCCUCAUGGUCCUCUCCGACGUGUGGUGCUCCUCGGGUUCCGUCUCACCCGUUGGCAUGCUAAUCCAAACCGGCGGGUUCAAGCUUGGAGAGCGUGUCGUCCGAAUUUUCCAGUCGUGCGACGACAAAAAAUGUGACUGGAAAGAAAUCCGUGGCGGGCUGAUCGAAAGACGAUGGUACGCCACGGACCAUAUUUUGCCAAACGGCCGCCAAAUAAUCAUUGGCGGUCGCGGGGCAUUCAACUACGAGUUUUACCCGAAGACCGGCGACUUCGCGGGUAAUCUGUAUAGCCUGCCGUUUCUGGCCAAUACGAGCGACCCGGGAGUGGAGAACAACUUGUACCCGUUUGUUUUCCUAAACGUGGACGGGCAUUUGUUCAUUUUUGCUAACAAUCGGGCCAUCUUGUUCAACUAUAACAAGAACGUUGUGGUUCGGACAUACCCGCAAACGCCCGACGGUAACCCGAGAAGCUACCCGAGCACCGGGUCGGCGGUUCUUUUACCCAUCAAGAACCCGAAUGGUGGCGCGUCCACCCAAGCUGAAGUCUUGGUUUGUGGGGGUGCACCGAAGGGUGCAUUUGAAAGUUCGAGGGAUGGCAAAUUUGUUGGCGCGUUGAAUACUUGUCUUCGGAUGACCAUAACCGACCCGAACCCGCGCUGGAUAACGGAGGUGAUGCCAUCAGCACGAGUCAUGGGCGAUAUGGUCAUAUUACCCAAUGGUCAUGUUUUGAUCAUUAAUGGGGCCGGUGCUGGAAGUGCCGGUUGGGAAUAUGGUAGGAAUCCAGUCCUGAACCCAGUUCUUUACCGCCCAGAUAACCCACUCGGAUCCCGAUUCGAACAGCAAAAUCCGAGUAAAACACCCAGAAUGUAUCACUCAUCCGCCAUUCUAAACCGCGACGGCCGGGUCUUCGUCGGUGGUAGUAAUCCACAUUCAGUAUACAUGUUCACCAAUGUUCUAUUCCCAACCGAUUUAAGCUUGGAAGCAUUUUCUCCUUCCUAUUUGGAUCCGGUCAACAAUAACUUGCGCCCCGAGAUUAUUACACCCGCUUCGCAGUCCGAAUUCACGUACGGAAAACCCGUCACACUCCAAUUCAAGGUUCCGGGUAAGGUGGACACAAAUACGGUUAAGGUAACGUGGGUUUCGCCGUCAUUUAGUACACACUCGUUUUCGAUGAACCAAAGGUUGCUGGUUCUCAACACUGGGAAAGUCAAACCCAUGGGCAAUGAUAAUUACAGUAUUGAAGCAGUGAUACCGGAUUCGGGUCAUUUGGCCCCGCCCGGAUACUAUAUCCUUUUUGUGGUUCAUCAAGACAUACCGAGUAAAGGAAUUUGGGCUAAACUCUACUAUUGAAGAAUUUGAAGUAAUUAAUACUCCCACCAUACGGAGGUCAAAGAAAUUUGUAUUCAUACUCUGUAUAUUUCACUCAAUUUUAAUUUUUUGUAUUUUUAUGAAUAAAAUUUUACCACAUUACAUUUUUAUGUUAUUUAGAAAUAAUAAAUCAUUUUGUGUAUAAAUUUAUUAUUGAUCAGUGUUCAAUAA